AUGCUAUUGGUACGUGAUGAUGAAUGCGAGUUUAUUUUUUCAUUAGCACGUCGAGAUCCUUCAAAGAGGCAAAUUAAGCCGGUGAGCUCAUCCCAAUUUACACUAUUCGAUGAGCUUGAUAGCGAUAGUGAUAGCGAGUUUGUUUGUGACGAGAAAGAUGAUGAAGGUAAUUGCAGUUCGCAAAAUGCUGAUGUGUCGUUAGAACAAAAGCCUUUGAUCGAACUCCAACAUGAAACGGACGCCAGUGCAGCUGUUAAGCCCAGAGGGAAACCUGAGUUGCCCCCAAAGAAUGAUUUCCUCAUAUGUAUGGUUUGUUUGGGGGAUAACGAUGAUCCAAAUGAUGAACUAAUAGAAUGUGAUGGUUGUGGAGUGGUCGUUCACGAAGACUCCAUAUUCAUGUCUAGCGGCGCUAGUUCAUCCAGCACUGAUGCAUGGUUUUGUGAAGCAUGCUUGGCUGGAGUUCGCAACCCGUACUGUGAACUUUGUCCAAACACAAGUGGUGCGUUUAAAAGGACCGAUAACAACCGUUGGGUGCACCUCAUAUGUGCUUUGUACACCCCAGGUGUUCUUGAUGGAUGUGGGUGUUCUUUUACACAAUUACCGCUGAAGGCAUGGUCCUCUCAUGAGUGCUCUUUUUGUGAAGAGAGGUUUUUCGCAUGGACUGGCGUCUGCAUCUCCUGUGACGCUGGCCUUUGUAGAACGUUUUUCCACGUGACAUGUGCUCAAAAGCAUGGGCUUCUAUCGGAGCCAACUGUGGACGAGGUAAGUGUUGUGUGCAUUCCACACACGUCUGAGUUCAGACUGUGUGCCGAACAGAACGGUAAAAUAAUCUAUGAGAAAAAGCGUUCCAUAACUUGUAGCAACUAG